UUAUGCGGAUAAUAGCAGCAUCAAAAUAAUGCGGAUAACUCUGGUCCUCCUCCUUGUUCUUACAUUCUACUUCAAUACAGUAUUGAUGUUGAGGAAGAGAUAGAGUCAAGCCAGGAAAGACACAAUUUUGACAUUAACAUUAGGUUUUCACUACUGUGAGGAUAAUAUUAACACAAAGCAAUACUAAUGUAUCCCCUUUUCCAUAUUUUGUACGCACAAAAAUAAAAAAAAUGACUUUAAAAAUUGUUAUAUGAGGCAAAGAUUUAGAUUUUUUGCCAGGGAUACAUUUUUGAUCAGUAUAUUGGUAAUGGAAGCAUCCUAGAACUGUGUCAGGACUGGGAGCUGCCUUGAUAAUAUCCUGAUCCCUGACCAGCCAUUAUUUAUUCCAUUCUUACGCAAUUCAACUAUAUCUCUUUUAUUGCAUGAUUCAAAUUGGAAUAUUCAUUUCAGAUUCAGCAUCCUGUUUUGGUAAUAUUCUUAUUUUUUAAAAUAAAGGCUCUCCAAACACUUGUUAAACUUAUUACAGGAUAAAAGGAUGUGCCAACUUGUUUUACGAAAAUCAGAUCUCUGUAGCCUUGGGAAAACUAUAGCAAUUUAUUUAUUUUUUAUUUCAAUUACAUAGUGUGAUAUCACAAAUGCAUAUAAUGAGGAUGUAUUUUGAAAACAAGCUUGACGUUGACUGUAUUCAACAUUUCUACUGAAAUCAUGAUAGGGAAUCCAACUCAUUAUAUCACGGGUGCUCAGGUGCUGUUUUUUUCCUAAUUGGUAACGACAGACCCUGCAUAAUUAAAUGUUGGGUUACAAUUUUCUCUCUAUCUAUCCCUCUCUCUCUAUCCAAUUAACUUGCUAUGAAGAUUUCUUCCGUGCUUUGAUCAGAAGCCAAUCCUAGCAUCAUGAUUGCUUUUGGUUGCUCAGUAAAGAACAAUUCUGCUAAAAUGAGACUUUAUAAGUGAGAGAACAAGUAGGAAAACUUUUCCUUUGUCUUCUUGUUGCUUUAACAUUAAUCUCUUAUAAAGUAUGCUCUAUAUGGUAGAUGUGUGUUGAUUCUGUGCCAGACAUGUUGAUGUCUGAUGAAGAAUUAUUCAUCUGAAUAUUUGGAAAAGGGGUGAUUUUUAUAUAUUUGAUUUUCUUCUUUUUUUCUUUGCUUUUUUACUAUCAUGUUUGUCUGUAUAUUAUUGACAUUCACACUCCUGAUUUGGCAUACUGUUUACAUAAUGACAGGCAGAGUUAUUUCAAUAUGUACACACUUAAAAUAAGCUUUUAUUGAAGUUAGUCUGCAUGAAUUUGAUUUCCACUUGUAAUUGUACCAAUUCAAAAAUCAGAGUUGAUUUUAUAGAUAAAAGGUGUGGGUAGUACCAGAUUUCAGAAUAAAACAAGGCCAACAAGUAAAUUUGAACCUUGGAUCAUAAAUGUGAUGGUACUUGUUAGAAGAUGAGGAGGUUGUUGUUAUGCAAUAACUAUUUUAAGAGCAAACCUAGUAAUGUUGUAUUACUAAUCAUCUUCAUACUAUACCCACCAGCUUCUUUAUCAAAUCACUUCAUCAGGAUAGCUGAUCCUAGAAUAAAAAAAGAGUAUAGGAUUUAAUAAAAAAAAAGAAAGGUAGUGAUUGGCUUUAUAUCAGACAUGAAGUGUAGCUGACUGACCAAGAACAAGAUAGAGUAUUAUGUAUCACUCUAUAAACUGGCUUCCAGACCAAUUGGAUUGAUUGUUGAUUAUAGUGUGUUCACAUAUCUUUGGAUCAUGUGGUAUGGAAAUAGUUGUUCAGAGAUGGAUCAAUCAAUGUGUAUAUCAUUGCAACAGCUUCCUACGAUGUCUCAGGUGUAUUCUCCAGGUGCAGAAGACUAUCAUUCAGACCCUAAUUAUUCAUCGCCUAAACCCCCUGGCAUGUAUCCAGAAUAUUUCAUGGAAGGUUCACACUCCCAGGGCCACUCUCACAGUAGUACAAAUCCAUGGAGCAGCAAUGGCAUGGCGCCAACGUCCAAUAGCUUCCAUUCCUUACAUAACUCCAGUUCUUAUUCUCAGGCAGGGGAAUACCCUACACAUGAACCUAUGUAUCAGAGUAGUAACAGCGGUAUGUCAUCAGGUCAUGACCCUCUUAGUCUUCCUCCAAUGACAACGUUUAGACCAGGUACCACAAACACUGCCCCAUACACCUCAUCACCGCCAAUUAAUGGCACAGAAACAGUCAUGUCAAGUAGUAGAGGGAAUGGCACAAAUAACUCAUCAGGUUCCAGCUCACAUACAGGAGCUGCACUUGGAAAAGCUCUAGCAUCUAUUUAUUCAGCAGAUCAUCCUAAUAGCACAUAUCCCUCCAAUCCUUCAACGCCUGUUGGUUCUCCGCCGCCUCAUUCAGCAUGGCAACAAAGGACAGCAGAUCCUCAGACCUCACCGGGACCAUACAGCCAGAGUCAUUUACAUUCAUUGACACGUUCCAAUUCUUUGGAUUCAAGGCAUUCAGAACCGAUAAUUCAGAACUUGUAUGGUGGGCCUAAGCAGAUUGUCAAGCAAACGCGCAUGGAGGAGAGGUUAGAUGAUGCAAUCAACGUGUUACAAAAGCAUGCCCAGAGUUCUGUUGAUUUGGGUCUCCCGGUAGGACCAAUGGGUAGUAGUGGGGGUCUUAUGCCUGGUGCCACAUCUCAUUCUGGUUCAGGACCUAUGGGGGCUAACAUCUCAUCAUAUGCAGGACAUACAGGACAGUAUCUAGACUCACACAUGCCUGGCGGUGCACAGUCAUUAUCAGAGAGGGGGAGUAUGUUAUCACAAGAUAUCAAUCCUGGUCAACCUUAUGGAGUACAUGGUGAUAUGAUGGGUAGUGGACUAGACAAUGGCCUGAAAUCAAGUACCAAUACCAAGAAGAAGACCAAAUCAGAAGAGAGUAAAACGAAAGGAGGUGGAGGAGGAGGAUUGAUGCUGGAUAAUGAUAGAGAUGAUGUCUCAGGUGGAGGCGCUCCCAGUUCUAAAAAAGGAGAUGCUAAUAAUGCUCCCAAAAACAAGAAGAGGUUCAAAAAUGAUUCAAGAAGUGGUGGUGGUGGUGGUGGUGCAGGGCCACAGCAGGGAGGCAAAAGUCUUAUGAUCCUCAAUCCUGGAUCACCAGACAGUGAGUCAGAUGAUGAAGGGUUGUCACCGGAGCAGAAGCAGGUAAAAGAGAAAGAACGCCGCCAUGCAAAUAAUGCAAGGGAGCGUAUCCGUGUAAGGGACAUCAAUGAAGCAUUCAAAGAACUUGGUAGAAUGUGUCAGUUACACCUCAAACAGGACAAGGCACAAACUAAGCUUACCAUACUACAUUCAGCAGUCUCAGUCAUUACUACAUUGGAGCACCAAGUUAGAGAACGUAACCUGAACCCCAAAGCAGCGUGCCUUAAGCGGCGAGAAGAAGAAAAAGUAGAAGAAAUGCCAAACAGAGGGUCACUUGGAGGUCCAGGUCCUGGUUCAGAUCCCUUAGUCUCACAGUCUGGACUUGCAGGCAAUAACCUCCAUGGUCGUGGAAUGCAAUCGUGUCUGGGGCAGACAUCGGGUGCACCAACAGGCUACGCCAGCCAUCUUUAUGACAACUCCAUGUCCCAUGGUGGCCCACAUCAGACAAGUUUGGGAUCGAUGGGAGGGGGACAUAUGUCAGCCAUGGACCUUAACCCUUCACCAUCAUCCAUGGGAGGUGGAGAUCACAUAUCUAAGAGCGCUUUGUCACACCUAUCACACUCAUCUGCUCAACCAUUAGAGCCACUCACGCCAGAGGAGAAUGACAGUAUUGCUGUACAGUAACGCUCACUUGUUUGUUAGUCUACCGUUACAGAUCUUGACGGGUGGAGUAUCACUCUUUACUAUGACUUGAAUAAAGUGAGUUCACUCUAACAUAGGAUUCAUGGAAGCAGUACAAUAUCAAGACCAAGUAGUUCUCUUUCAGACUGCCAAUAACUUUCACUGACUUUAUUAUCAUGAUGUCCUUGAAGUGGGUCUGUACCAGUAGACUACAUCUGUGUAUUGCAGCCGUGCAGCUUUAUCUUCUAAAGUCUAUUGAUUAUAUAUGCCUGUAAUGUACAUUGAUGAAGUCAUAAACUUGAUUGGAAAACACCUCUUCUAUAUUUGUGAAGGAGAGGAUUUUUGUAUGAGAAAUUUGUUUUCCUCUGUCUCAUUGUCAUUGUAAAGCUUGAUGAGAAAGGAAGUUACAAUUGUAAUGUUGUGUUUCACAUCUGUGAAACCUUGUUUAAGAGAUGCUAUUGGGUAGUGCAGAUAAUAUGGUGAAGGUACUAAGUUUUUUGGAUGAAGACAUAACAGGACACCUUUAUUUUCAGAUGUGUUUUUUUAAAUGCCCUGAAUCAUGUGUGCAGAUAUCAUUUGAUAGUAUUUGGGUUUCUUCUUUUUGUUCUCUUGUAUGUUUCAUAAUAGGAGUACAUUUGUUAUCAUACCUUGUUAUUCACUGUGUAAAGUUGUAAAAAGUUUCCAGGAAAAAAAAACAAGAAAAAAAAGACAAGGUGUAGUGACAACAGAUUUAUUUCUGCAUCCAGUUUUAUCUGGAUCAGCUGUAUAAUUAUUUUGUAUAAUAAUAUUUUAUUUCUUCUAUGUCUGGGUAAUCGAAUUUGUUAUAUUAAAUGUUUCACUGCACAAUAGUAGCCACUUUAACCCCCUUCAGUUCCCCAUUGAUAUGUUUCGGUGCUCAUUAUUUGUUUUAUUCUUUGCCAAGUCUUGAUGUACUAUCGACUAUUUCUUUCUCAUGAGGGUAUGUAAUGUCUUUUUUUCUUUUACCAUUUGUAAUCUGUAGGUCAGCCUUGCUAUGUCUUUAUUCAUGUGGACUUUUUAAUAAUCUUGUUCAACAGACGGUGCAAUCUUGUCAACACAUGGUUUUUAACUUUUCCUGAAAAAAACUUGUUGAUAAAUAAUGUUGCUAUCCUGAGAGUGUUAAUCUUCCUCCCUGCCCAUGGAUUCAUAUUAACUGCCAUAGCUCUCAUGCUGCUUUCAUUUUAAGUCGAAAUUUCUUCCCGUUUGGCUGCCAACUCGAAUAAUACUUACAUAGGAUAGCAACUCACUCAGAUAAUGAGAUUCAGUGAUUCUCAGGUUGUUAAUGGUAACAAUUACAUUUGGCACAUCAUAGUCACAUGAAUAAUAUGUCUUGUCACAUGAUUGAUUAAAAAGAAAUAGCAGGACAAAACAUUCAGUUUAAAGAUUACAGAGUAAAUAGUAAGAAAUUCAUAAAUAGGGAUUCAACUUGAUAUUUUAGGUUGAGAAUAUUGACAAAAAUACUUUUUGAACAAUAAAGGUUUGGAGAAAAAUGAAAUUGCCAUCACCUUGAUGUUUGGUUUCCACUAAAUUGGACCCAACCUCGUUAAUGUAUGAUGACAAUUGAACAAUGGUAUUAGACAAGAAAAAGGGUCAAUAAACCAUUGGAAACCAGGUGAAAUAAUUUUAAGACUGUCGAUUGACUACAUUAUUUGUAAUUUGUAAUGUUAUGGCAUCAAACAUCAGAUGCAGUAAAAAUUAAAUAGAGAAAACAAAUACAAAGGAUAUGAAAGUUAUGAAGAUUAUUGAAUAACAUGGUUUUUAGUGAGAUUUUAAUAUUUAUUAAUCAAAACAGUUCAUUCUUUCAUGUGUAAUCAUUUGCCUUGCAAAUUUUAUUCCACUUACCAUAAUUUAUCAAUUUUUAUUUCCAUAAUUCCAAGAUAUAAUGGUUGUCUAUAUUGGAAUAUAUGAAGAGGGAUAUCUCUAUUUUACAUCACCUUUUAAAAAUUGUGUGUUAUUUUUGUUCCUGUUUGUAUUAUGGAGUAAUGACUGAAUUUUUCUCCCAAUUUCCAAUGUUCAAAAUUUGGUUGUCAUAUCAGGAGAAAGUUUAUAUCAGGGUUUUACCCGUUUCUCAGUAUUCUAAACAAAUAUGUGAUUGCAUUUGAUAUAAGAAUGGUUAGAAUAUCUGAAAAUACCAAUAAACUCUUCUGAAGACUCCAAUAUUACCAUGAAAAGUAAAAAUUAAUGUCCCUUUUCAGUUUUUAUUUUGCUGUUCUCCACAGGUAGGUGCCAGAAGCAUUUUUACCUUUAGCAGUUAUUCAUAAUUUUGUUUAGCACAAGCCACCUAGGUCAUUAACAAUUGAAUCUAUGACAAAUUAAAGCUAAUGGUCCAAUCAAUUGAGAAUAUUUCUUUGCCUUACUUUUCAAUUUUAAUUUAUCAAUUAAUAAAUAAUGAAGAUUUGCAAUUUGUCUUAAUUUUGAAACCAUCAUCUCAUGAAAUUGACAAAUCACAUUCCAUAUGAUAUGUCCAUGCAUUAACUGCAUAAUGAUUUCAAUUGGUUUUUUUUAUUCUUGGUAGAAAUUUUAAGGAAAAUAAAAGUGCAUAUUUAUGAGAUUGUUAUAGUUCAUAAUUGUUAUAUUGAUUAAGUGUAUUGUGACAAUAUACUUCCUUACUGAAUUUUACUUAUAGUUUGGAUAAGCCUGAUAGUAUUAUAAUUGUACAGAUAUGUAUUUCUUUGAGCGGUAAAUAAACAAUCCAGUAUUCUUAAUCUCAAGGAUCCAUCACAUCUGUGCUCCUUUUUCUACAUUUUUUUGUGUAUUUAUUCUAAUUUAUUUCUAUUGAUUUUAUUUUAUUUAUUUGUUUAUUAUUAUUUUUUGCUGCAAAGGUGAGAGGGUGAAUGAAUCUUCAGUAGAUAUUAGCUACACAUUGAUACACUGUAGAAUUUGGCAUGAUUUUUUUUCUACGAUGCUUGUAUAUGUAUUACAACUGUAAAUGUUGUAGAUUAUUGUUUCAUUUAGUUGAUUAAUGACUUAAUGAUGAAAAAGUAUUUUCUGUCUCCCUGUUUCAUGACAAGGGAGAUAGGGAAAUAAUGAAAGAGGCAGAAGAAAAUUUUGGAAUAUAUUUUGUGACUGUAACCCGAGUGGGGUUAACUUAUUUAUGAUGACCAGGUAAAAGAUGAGAUAGGCACACUCUAAUUCAAGGUUUGGGGAUUUUCGUUAUUGCUCUCUCCUAAUGUAUCCUGUAACUAUUUGUAGAAAUGUAUUUUCUUAUGUGUCAAUUCUAUUCAUUUGAUCCUAUUGUUUUGUUUUACCGUACAUGGAAGAUACUUUUCAUUCAUUCAUGGACAUUGACACUUUUAAACUAUGAAGAACAUAUAAGCUAUGGUGACUGGUAUGGAGAUUGUCAUGUUUUAUAUCAUGAUAGUAAAUCAAUCAAAUUGGUGAAUAGUCAAGGCCAUUCAAAUUGGUGAAUAGUCAAGGCCAUUCUCCAAGCAAUUAUAUUUUUAUUUCUCUAUAGUUACCUGUAGAGUCUAGUAGGUAUUUUUUGUAGAUUUUUCUCUGUAAGAAGAAUAAAUUUAUUAUUUGUGCUUUCUAUUGUUGAAAUGACACUUCAUAUCUUUCAGAUAAAAGAUGGCUAGAUCUUUCAAACCAUGUAAUAAUGUCCAUCUAACAGCAUUCACCUGAAGAAUGACAUUCUAAAACGGCUCUCAACAAAUUAUUUAAUGUAAAGCAAUCAUUAAAUUUAUUACAAGAUGAGUUUCUUGAUAUUUAGAUAAGUUAGUUUAUUUGUCAGAUCUUCAAAUGGUCACUAGAAAGCAGAUGCCAAACAUACAUGUAUAGGUUAGCAUAAUAUCCAUGCAAAAUGCAUUUUCUUAUGUAUGGUUGGUUGAAUAAUGAAAUAAUUUCCUUCAUCACAGUGCAGUAACAUUCAUUUGUUUCUGUACCACAUCAAGGCUCAGUACUUAAAAAUCUACUGCAUCCACCCCCCCCCCCAAAAAAAAAGAUAAAUGGUCAUUAUUUGUUGUUUCAAAACUGAUUUCUGUUGAAAUUAAUGCCAUCUAUUAAUGUUAUCUACUGAUAUGAAAAAUCCUGUACAAGAGAAUUGUCUUCAGCUUUGUUGAGCCUGUAUUCUAUCAUUAACUAUUCCUCCUGUUAAUUAAAAGUAAUAUGAUUUUUUUUUGUUUCUUUUGUUUUUAUAGUCUUUAAGAAGAAUCUGUCUGUUUGGUAUCAACCCAGCAUCUUUCAAAUGUAUAUAUGCUUCUCGUUUAGGAAAUAAAUGUGCCAUCUCUUUUUACCUA